AUGUCCCUUCUUUGCUCGCCGUCGUGGAGGUCGAUCGACAAACCUCUGGGCAGCGCAGUCUCUGCCGUGUUCAAACUACGCAAUUUUUAUGCAGCAUCUGCCUCGUCACCGUCGAACAAGAUCACGCUUUUUGAUAAAAUAGGCCUACGAGCCGUGCAGACUCUUCCUGGUCAUGAAGAGGCGACAACAUAUCUUCGCACCAUCCACGGACUUGGUGGAUCCACUCAAAAUACACUACUAUCGUCUGGAAAGGACGGCUGCGUGAAAGCAUGGGAUGAGAGAUCGGGAAUGGCCAGCAUCCAGAUGAUGGCUUCUGGACGACAUCCACUUCUCUGUUGUGACGCAUCCAGCGAUGGUUUUCUGGUAGCCGCAGGAACUGCCCUCUUGAACGAGGAUGCCUUCAUCCUCUACUGGGACUCCCGCAACCCGGCAGCACCACUACGUGUUCAUGGAUCCACUCACUCCGACGAUAUUACGGCGACACAUUUCGGGAGGACGACCAACCUCCUUUUUUCUGCUUCGUCGGACGGACUGAUUUCAUUAUCCGACUCCCGUGAAGUGGACGAAGACGAGGCUGUGACACAUGUCGGGAACUGGGGAUGCAGCGUGUCUCAGGGAGGAUGGGUAUACGAUUCCAAUGAACCCCAUUUCUGGACGGCCAGUGACAUGGAGACGUUCGGAUACUGGUCCAGCGAGCUUGACCGCUUAUAUGACACGGACAUCCGCAACCCAUCUCUGCACAAUCAAGGGCAGACGUGGGUCACCGACUAUCUCAUCAAUUGUCAUUGUACGCAAAAGCUAGAAAGUGGACUCGCGGUAUUCGUAGGAUCUAAUGAAGGAGACGCUGCGUUGAUCGCGAAUAGCGACCUAUCACAGCCUGCAGCUCCCUGGACGAUCCAUUCCAUUUGGACAGGUGGUCAUGUCGGUAUUGUGCGUUCGAUAUUGUGGGAUGAGCAUCAUAAUGUACUCGUGACUGGUGGCGAGGAUUCCAAGGUUCUGACUUGGCGCAUGCCUGAGCUGUGUUCCCUGAACACCCAAGGAGAGAGGGAGGAUACUAUGCAAAUAGAUUCACCCAAGUUGAAGCGCGAGUGGCAAGACAUGAAUAUCAGUGAGGAUGCAUUUGUGAGUCUUUUCUGA